UCAGAUAAAAUGGAGAGGUUGGAGUUUUCACAGGAAGGAUCUGUAGUCAGGAUUUCUAUGAAGAAUUUUAUGACUUACAAACAUGAAACUAUUUAUCCAGGUCCUAAUUUCAACGUUACAGUUGGACCAAACGGAUCUGGUAAAUCCUCUAUAGUAACUGCCCUGAGUAUCUGCCUGGGCGGAGACCUGAAAAGUUUAAACCGUCAGCAAGAUCUUAAUUCUCUGAUAAAUAAUGAGGCAGGGAAGAACCCUGCUGAGGUUGAGAUUGAACUAUUCAGUAAGAACGGAGAAAAUACAAUAGUAAAAGUGAUAAUCUCUAAAUCUAGUAGUGAACUCAAGUGGGUGAUCAACGGUAAACCUAGUAAUCUCAACAAAUUGACCGACUUGACCAAGAGAUUACAGAUUCAACCGGGAAAUCUUUGCCAGUUUCUCCCGCAGGACGUGGUUAGAGAUUUCCCUCAGAUGAAACCUCCACAAAUAUUUGAAAACACCAUUAAAGCUGUUGGAGAUAUUGAGAUGCUUUCUAAACUACACCGAGGGGGAGAGAUACAAAAUGAGAUUGAGAAGAUAGAUAACGAUCUGAAAACAAAGAAAAACACGUUGUCCUCGAACGAGCAGAAAGAAAAGAAGCUGGAGGGAGAUAUGAGGAUUAUCGACAAGAGAGAGAAAAUUAAGGAAACGCAAGAACUAUAUGUUAAAGCUCUGAAAUGGCAGAAGUUUAAAACCCUGCGGGCCCAGGUGAAGGAGGCCCGAAAUAAGAAACGAGGCCUAGAUGAAGCAGCAAAAGAUGUUGAAGCGAAGUUGAUUCCUACCCGGGAGUUUCUCAAAGAUUAUGACAAGAAGGUUGCAGAUAUCAAAGCUGACGUAGAUAAAAAAGAAAAGGAACUGCAAACGGAAUAUCUGAACACACAUCAGCUAGACCCAACCCUGGAGGGGACAUUAAAAGACCUGAAAGAAAAACGAGAUAGAUUUGAAGGAUUUAUUGCAAAUCAGCAACCUUCGGUUCAAGACACAGAGAAUUCAAUAAAUAUUGGAAAUCGAGAUUUAAAAAAGUUGAGAAAACAUGAGGAAGAUCUCCUCAGCAAGAAGAAUAGAAAGCUGAUGGUGUUGGAACAACAGAACCCAGAUACUUACAACGGAGUUCUCUGGCUCAGAGAGAACCUUGACAAGUUUAAGAGCAAGGUUCACGAACCUAUAAUGCUCUGUAUGGAUGUGAAAAAUGCAGAUUAUAGUAAAUAUCUUGAAUCUAUUGUUGGUAGAGCUGACCUUGAUGGGUUUGUCUGUGAAGACCCUGAUGAUAUGAACCUGCUACUGAAAGAGCUGCGAGAAGUAAAACAGUUACGUAAAGUGAACGCGGUUCACAGUAAUCCUACUCCGAAGGAGCGCUUCUCUUCACCCUUUAAAGAGCAUGAGCUGAGAAAGUAUGGAUUCGUGGCGUAUCUUUGUGAAAUGUACGAAGCACCUCUGGCCGUGAACGCGUACCUCUGUCAGCAGAAGAGUCUCCACCAAGUUCCUUUCUUCAAGGAAGAGAAUGAGUAUACGGACGAACUCAAAAACAAGUUCCAGACAUUCUACAUCGGGGGUCUCAAGUUUACCGCUAAGCGCUCUAGAUACUCUAAAGAGCUUAGUACAGGUAUUGACGAUAUUAGUUCUUGGAGGGUUAUCAGGUUGGCUGAUUGUAUAGAUACGGAUGCAUUAAAAAAUGUUAAGACUGAAAUAGAGAAUAAGAAGAAAGCGCUGGAGAACAACAUCAACAGGUUGAAUCAAAAGAAUCAAUCCAUUCUCAACAUGAGAUUGAAAUUGAAUGAGGUUUCAAAAGAGAUCCAGGGACUGGAGUCCAAGAAAAAGGAGUUUAACAAAGCUAAAGCAGAACUAGAUAUGAAAGUUGUCUUCCUCAAGAGUCUGGCCCAGCCUAAGUGUAAUAUCGAAGAGGAGAAAGCCAAGAUAAAACGUAAAAAAAUUGACCUGGUUCGAAAGCUCUGUGAGAGAAUGAAGUCUGGGAAGGAGAAAGCAGGAGCAUGUGCUAGACUGGACCUGGAGAAAAGAUGUAAACAACUUCAACUUCAAAAUAUCGAAACUGAGAACCAGGAUCAGACUGACCAGUUAAAGGAACUAGAAAAGGAUUUUAAGAGGUUAAAUGAUGAGUCUAUUGCUUGUCAAAUCGCGAUGAAUGAAGAAAAAGUUAAUUUGAGAACAUAUCACAACGAAGCCUUGGAGGCUACAGGUGGAUGUCAGGAUGAAAAGACCAAGUACAAACCUCCUUUAGAAUGGCAGGAAAAGUUUGCUUCGCUUGGAAGCCUGGACGAGAACUAUCUUCAAGUCAAUAUAGAAGAUUGUGAAGGGGAGCUGAAGAAGCUCAAGGUAUCCCCGGAUACAGAGAAGAGGAUUAAGGAGAUCAGGGAAAGCGUCCAGAAAUCUAAAGCCGAGGUGGAGAACAUGGAGAAGGAGAAGGAGAGCAAGACGAAGGAACUUGGUCAGCUCCGUAGAGGAUGGAUUCAAGGGGUUCGGAAAAUGGUUUCUCAGGUCGGAGAUAAGUUUAGUGAGAUGAUGGCCACGUUGGGAUACUCCGGACAGAUCGAGCUAUGUGAAGGGAAGGAUAAUGAACUUGAUCUGAAGAACUACGGAGUAAGGAUUAUGGUUAAGUUCCGUGACCAGGAGGAGUUUCAGGAGCUAACCAAGGGAACACAAUCCGGUGGGGAGAAAUCAGUCACUACUGCAGUCUAUAUGAUGGCACUGCAGGGCCUUACGCAUGUUCCGUUUAGAUGCGUAGACGAGAUAAAUCAAGGUAUGGAUGAGAAGAAUGAGAGGAAGGUUUGGGAUAUGCUCCUUGAAGUGUGUAGAGAGCAUCAAGCUCAAUACUUCUACAUGGCUCCAAAGUUUCCAUACAACCUGCCAUUUGAUAAUCAGGUGACAAUCCUACUUUGCAACAGUGGAAGUUCAAGAAAGAAAUCUUCUACAGAUUUCUGCACGGAGACUUUUUUAAAGCGGAGUAGAACUGAAUAAAUCAAGAGAAGUUAAUAUUUAAACCACAUUGCAUUUAUACGUGUUUAAUAUAAUCUUUCUGAACCUACAGAUCUCAUCAAUAUACUGCCUAUUCCGGAGAUAGGAUGUUGAAACCCUACCUGCCAAACCACAUUUAGAAUUCAUAUCCGUCUUGUACCUGCUGGAACCAAACCUACGUAUAUUGUUUAAUUCUUUACAGCGGUUGUUUAUUUAAUUUCAUCCUUAUCUCUUUGUAUCCUAGAGCUGGACGAAACUAGAUCCAAAUCUCGCCGUGUAUAGACCUGGAACUACAUCAAGAACUAUCUCAGAGCUAAAUUGUUUCGCUAAAUCCAAAGUGUCCUGUUUGUUUAUUGUUCUUGAAAUGUGAUAAACCUGAUAAAUAUUUGUAAAUUAAUAAAAAGAUAAAAAAUUCGGA